AUGUCCAGCGUCCGUAUUCUCACCCGAGGUGUUGACCUCGCCGCCGCGAGGGUCGCCCUACACGCUCCCCGCGCUUCUAUCGGCUCCACUCUGCUUCGGCGGGAGCUCUCCUCCGCGGCUAUCGUGCGGCCAACUGCUCUUCGGCCAUUGAGAUCCAAUGCGCCAGUGGCAGCUGCGACUUCGCAGUCCGCGUCUCAGGCCGUGCGGUAUGCGUCUAACUCGACCGAGCCUCUCAGCAAAACCCAGCUGUUUGACUUGCACGUGGAGCGUGGGGCUAAGAUGGUCCCCUUCGCGGGCUUUGAUAUGCCACUCGUAUACUCCGACAUGAGCCAUGUUGAGAGUCAUCUCUGGACGCGCGAGAAAGCCAGUCUUUUCGACGUCAGCCACAUGGUCCAACACCACCUAAGCGGCCCUGGAGCUGCCGAGCUGUUGAAAAAGAUUACUCCUUCAUCUGUCGAUAAGCUCACCCCUAACACCUCCACUCUGUCUUGCUUGCUCGAAGAAGGCACCGGAGGUAUGGUCGACGACUGCGUGAUCACUCGCCGCACCGAAGACACUUUCUACUUCGUGACCAACGCUGGCCGCCGCACCGAGGAUCUGGCCUUCCUUACUGCUGAGAUUGAAGCUUACCGCGCCAAGAAUGGUGCCGACAGCAUCAAGUGGGACAUUCUCUCCGACCGCGCUCUUGUCGCGCUGCAGGGACCCCUCGCCGCCUCCGUUCUUCAACCGCUCAUCAACACCGCCAACACCCCCCAAUCCGAAACCGAUCUGAGCACCCUCUAUUUUGGCAACUGCCGCGAGCUUUACCUUACUCUUCCCGAUGGCAGUGCAACUGCUCACCCUCUUCUCAUUUCCCGCACCGGCUACACCGGUGAAGACGGCUUCGAGAUCUCCAUUCCGACCUCAGGUGCCCCGAACCUGCCCCAGCAAGUCACCGAACUCCUUGUGGCAGACAGCAGCAAAAGCCGUCUUGCUGGCCUUGCCGCCCGUGAUUCUCUGCGUCUCGAGGCUGGCAUGUGUCUCUACGGCCACGACAUCUCCACUUCCCAGACACCCCCAGCCGCCGCGCUCGGCUGGGUCGUUGGCCGUGACCGCCGUGAUGCGGCAAACGCCACUUUCAAUGGAGCUUCCACCAUUCUAUCCCAGAUCGCCAGCCCUAAGACCAUCCCCCAGCGCCGCGUUGGUUUGACCGUCGAGAAGGGCCCACCGGCUCGCGAGGGUGCCACCGUUGUUGAUAUCUCGGACCCUGCCAACAUUGUCGAGGUCGGCGUUGUUACCUCCGGUCUGCCCAGCCCGUCUCUCAAUGGCACCAACAUUGCCAUGGCAUAUGUCAAGCAGGGCCUUCACAAGAAGGGCACUGAACUUGGUGUCAAGGUUCGCAACAAGGUGCGCAAGGCUACUGUUGGCGGUAUGCCUUGGGUCGAGAGCAAGUUCCACCGUCCUUCAUAG